CCGAGGUACCGGGGCCGCUCCGAGGUACCGGGGCCGCUCCGAGGUACCGGGGCCGCUCCGAGGUACCGGGGGCCGGGAGCAGCCCAGGAUCGCCGAGACUCCGGUUCCCUCGGGCAGCAGCGGCCGAUGUGGGAAAGCUGCGGGCGGCGUUUUGGGCCUGGUGGGAGCGGGGAGCCGGAGGAGGAGGAAGGAGCGGCGAGGAGCCCGGAGCAGCAGCGCGGAGCGUGCGGGAUUCCCUCCGGUACAGCCCCGCCGUGAUCCAUCCCGGAGUGUGCGGGAUUCCCUCCGGUACAGCCCCUCCUGAUCCAUCCCGGAGUGUGCGGGAUUCCCUCCGGUACAGCCCCUCCGUGAUCCAUCCCAUCCCGGAGCGUGCGGGAUUCCCUCCGGUACAGCCCCGCCGUGAUCCAUCCCGGAGUGUGCGGGAUUCCCUCCGGUACAGCCCCCACUGAUCCAUCCCAUCCCUGAGCCUGCGGGAUUCCCUCCGUGAUCCAUCCCGGAGCCUGCGGGAUUCCCCCGUGGUCCAUCCCGGAGCCUGCGGGAUUCCCCCGUGGUCCAUCCCAUCCCGGCCCCAGCCGCGCUCCAUCAUCCCCAGCUCCGAGCCCAGGGCCGUGUCCUGCUGGGCUUUAGCACCGAGUAUCACAUCCAGGUCACCUCGUUCCCUCCCUCCUGAGUGCCAGGAUGUGGUGCCAGAGGCUGGCCUGGCUGCUCCGGGGGCGGCGUGGGAGCACCGGGCACCGCUGGCCGUGGCUGCCCCGAGCCCCUGGAGCCGUCCUGGCUGCCCCAGGGCGCUGCCUCCCCACGGCCCCAGCGUCCCCUCCCUGUGCCUGGCAGCUGCACCGGGACCAUCUCGAGCUGAGGUACGGGAGCACGGUGAUGCGCCUGGAUUUCGUGUGGCUGCGGGACCACUGCCGCUCUGCCUCCUGCUACAACGCCAAGACCAACCAGCGCAGCCUGGACACGGCCAGCGUGGACCUGGCCAUCCAGCCCCAGGCUGUGCGGGUGGACGAGGCCACGCUGUUCCUCACCUGGCCCGAUGGACACGUCACACGCUACGGGCUGGAGUGGCUGGCGAGGAACAGCUACGAGGGGCAGAAGCAGCAGGUGAUGCACCCCCGGAUCCUCUGGAAUGCUGAGAUCUACCGGCAAGCCCAGGUCCCCUCCAUCGACUGCCGGAGCUUCCUGGAGACAGACGAGGGUCUGAAGGAAUUCCUGCAGAACUUCUUGUUGUACGGGAUCGCUUUUGUGGAGAACGUCACUCCCACCAAGGAGGACACGGAAAUCCUGGCAGAGAGGAUCAGCAUCAUCAGGGAGACCAUUUAUGGCAGGAUGUGGUACUUCACCUCUGACUUCUCCCGAGGAGACACAGCCUACACCAAGCUGGCCCUGGACCGGCACACGGACACCACCUACUUCCAGGAGCCCUGCGGCAUCCAGGUGUUCCACUGCCUGAAGCACGAGGGCACGGGCGGGCGGACGCUGCUGGUGGACGGGUUCCACGCGGCCCAGCGGGUGCUGCAGGAGGCCCCGGAGCACUUUGAGCUGCUGGCCAAGGUGCCCCUCAAACACGAGUACGUGGAGAACGUGGGCGGCUGCCACAACCACAUGAUCGGCGUGGGGCCGGUGCUCAACGUCUACCCCUGGAACAAGGAGCUUUACCUCAUCAGGUACAACAACUACGACCGCGCCGUGAUCAACACGGUGCCGCACGACGUGGUGCGCCGCUGGUACCGCGCACACCGCGCCCUCACCGCCGAGCUGCGCCGGCCCAGCAACGAGCUCUGGGUCAAGCUGAAGCCAGGCAAGGUCCUGUUUGUGGAUAACUGGCGUGUCCUGCACGGCCGGGAGGCGUUCACGGGGUACCGGCAGCUCUGUGGCUGUUACCUGACGAGGGACGACGUGCUGAACACCGCCCGCCUGCUGGGGCUGCAGGCCUAGCCCAGCCCUCCAGAGCCCCCAGACCCACCUCUGGGAGAGCCAGCAGC